CGAAAAUGAUGUUUGGGGAUGCUCGAAUUCUUUGGGGUCUUCGGUCAUGAUAUUUCCUGAUUUGGGGAUGCUGGGAGAUCGUAUUUGGCCGGUGGGGAGUCCCUAUAGCAUAAUCCAUCUAUGUAUCGAGGGGAAUCCCAGUGAGUGUAAAAGUAGUUUUCAUUGGGUGGGUGAUGAUUAAAGAAGUGGCCGGAGUUUUAGAGAGAAGAGGGAGGAGCUUCUCUCUUCAUGAUUAUCCACUUUCAUAUUAUCCAUAGAAACCACAUACAUACCUACGUACGAUACAAUAAGUCCGUUCUUAUUCUUUGUCAAGGGAAAGAAGUCCUUGAUCUUCGGUCUGAACUUGUUUUAUCCGGAAACAAGCCCUAAGCAUGUCCCAUGGAACAACAGCACGAAAGAUAUCGGAGUCUAGUAGUGUUGCGUAGAGAAAAGCUCCAGCUUCUCACUAGAAUAUUUCGCACCCCCUGGGACGGAAAUUCUAGUUCGCACGUACUCCGUUGCUGAAAAUCUUGAGAGUUCACCCAUUGAUUCCCUUUAAUCCUCUUGUUCUUAACUCGGAAAUCUUUCCUCUUUCACAUCUACCGUUUGGAUUUGUGAGAAAUUGGUUUCUGAAGCAAGGACCGACUCUUUUAGAAGCCUCUGUGCGCACAAUUACUGUUCCUUCCAGAUUUACAAAUUGAGCUUGGAUCUAAAAUUGGACGGUUGGUUGUGGAAAAGGAAGCUGGUUUGGGGGUCGCCGGCCUCUGGCGUACCUCCGACACCUGGUUUGGGACUUCCGCCGCGCCGCCGUACCGGACUUUGAGAAGGUUUGUUACGAACGGGCACUGUUCAUCGCAGUCUGCAAUUCUGCAGAUUUCUUCAUUUAUGCUCGCUCAAUCUGGAAUCUGAAGCUGGAUUAAAGUUCAUCUAGCUGAGACGAAGCUUUGGGUACUGAUUUUAGCUGCUACAAGCCGGUAAUUCGUUUUCCCCCAAUUCUUGUGCACUGUAGCAACGACGAAGGUCAGUCUGUUUUGACCCUCUUUACUGCAAAAUAUACGUUGAUUCUGUGAAUUAUUGUUUCUCUGUGAGCUUCGCCAGGUCCAGCAACACCUCUGGUGUUUUUUCUGGGAAUUGUUUAACUGGUUUUGUGCUCUGCGCUACUGUUCAUCUUCCCUGGGAGACUGCUACAGUAUUUUCUGCGCACCAGAACUAGUAAAUCGUUUCCCCAGUCAAUUGUAUUUGGCUUUUGCUUGUUCUAACACUAUCAGGUUGUUUAUUAUACUGAGGAAGACAUCCCAGAAUUUUCUGAGAAUUUUUGGAACACUUCAAAAAUUCUUGGGCUUUCUGACUGCUACAGUAACCAGAAUUAGUUAAUCGAUUCUCCAGUCGUUUGUAUUUGGUUUUUGCUUGUUCUAACAUUACCAGGUUGUUAAACAUACUGAGGAGGACGUCCCAGAAUUUUUUGAAAAUUUUUGGAACACUUCCAAAUUUCUUGGGCUUUCUGACUGCUACAGUAAAAAGAACUAGUUAGGAUUUUUUUUCCUAACUUCUGUGCUACUCCGGUGCUACAACUGAACAUACCUGGGGUUUAAUACACUUUGGGCUACCUCCCAUAGUUUUUUUGAGAAGUUUUUGGGACACCUCACCUAAGGUACGAAUUUUCCUAAUCUUGGAUUUUCUACUUGGAUUCUCUGUAUCCUAACAUUGCCAGGUUGUUUAAAAUACUAAGGAAGACCUCCAAGAAUUGUUUGGGAAUUUUUGGAAUACUUCCAAAAUUCCCGGAACCUACUGCUUGCUACAGUGCAAAAUACAAGCUAGGACUGUCCAUUUUCUUUUGUGCUUAUCCGUUGGGGCAACUGCACUUACAUAGGGACUUAUUAUACUUUGGGAUACUUCCUAUAGUAUUUUGAGAACCUAGUACUUUGCCUAAGGUACGAACCAAGCUUUUGCACCCCAAGUCUUUGGUGUUUGUUUUUGUUUGUACUAACUCUUGUAGGUCAAUUAGUCAAGCUCUUGUACAAGAAAUGUGUAUUGUCCAAUGACUAGGCACAAUAAACAAUCUCGUACACCACCAUCUAAAGACUCGGCUUUUGAUGACAAAAUAAGGAAGUUGAAUGCAAGAAAAGCCGAGAUGGAGGCUAACAAGAAAGAAGUGGAGAAUAGUGAGAAGGAAGUAACAUCCAAGAAAGCUAAAACUGCUCCCAAGCUAACGGUGCAAACUGCACCUAUAACAAAGGAGAUCAAUUUACAUGAGGCCAAUGCUACUAAGGAGCCACAAGUGAUGGAGGAUGUCUCCCUCAAAGCUAUGGUGGAGGAUUCCUCCUCGGGGGUGUCCAAACCGGUGGAGGCUACGCAUAUUGAUCCUACGUUUGAGAAGUCCAUCAAAGUAGGGUCUAUUGAAUUCUCCUUCAAGCAAAUUCAAGAGGAGCAAAGGAUGGAAAAUACAAAAAUUGAUGGCCUUGUGGAAGAUGAGGAUGAUGUGGAAACGGGAAGUGUUGAUUCCCUAUUUGAGGUUGGAAACAAAUAAAAGAAAGAAGAGCCAAAGAAGAAUGCUUGGAAUCAACUUUUCCAAAACAACCGGUCCAUUGAGCAUGGCAUGAAGUUGGAAUAUAUCCCUCCAAAAGGUGAAAAGGUAGAUUUCUCCCAUAGAAAACUCCCUACUAUUAUUGAUAUUUGGGGGUAUUGCUUGGUGGGGUUUGUUUCAGGUAGAUUUCCGGGCAUGCGAGCAUUCCAUGAUCUAUCCAUCAAAUGGGGAGUCCCAUGCAAGCUCAAGCAACAUGACAAAGGGUGGGUGAUCUUCCAAUUUCAAAGUGAGAAUGACCGUAACAAAGUCAUGGCCGAAGGACCCUAUGCCCUUUAUGGUAAGGCCGUGUUCUUAAGGAUAUUAUCCGAGGACUUUGACUUUGAUGGUGAGGAAUUUUUAAAAGUCCCAAUAUGGGUUAAAUUCCCCGGCCUAUAGGUUACACUUUGGAACAAACAAGAGAUGAGUGAGCUUGCCUCUAGAGUUGGAGUCCCUAUUGUGGCGGACAAGGUGACUCAAGAAAAAUCGAGGUCUCAAUUCGCUAGGGUAUUGGUGGAGGUUGACCUCACUAGACCACCUACUAUGUCCAUCCCGAUUAUACAACCGUCCGGUAAGGAAAGGAAUCAAUAUGUCAUAUAUGAAACUUUUCCUAACUAUUGUUUUGAGUGCAAGGUUUAUGGACAUCACCCCUUCACAUGCAAAGUGUUAAACAAGGAGUUGGUAGAGAAUGAGGAUGCAAAAGCUACCAACAAAAUUGUAAGUGUAGCCAAUACCGCGGCUAACAACUCAAAAGAAGGGGGUUCCAACCAACCCGGUGACAUUCCGAAGGGAAAAAAAGGCUUCAACGUGAGUGGAAAGAAAUCAAAGGAUGAUGGCAAAGGGAAGGAAAUUUGGGUUGAAAAGAAAAAGAAUGAUGUGCAAGAGAAUGGGGAGUGGGUGGAGGCCAAGAAGAAAAAGAAAUGGGUCUCUAAACCCAAAGCAAAUGUGCGCAACUUGAUCACGCCAAAGGUUCCUACUUCUAAGGCGCCUACAACUAAUGCCGCGGCCUCAACUUCUACACCUAAGGCCACGACCCCUGCUGCCCAGGCCCCAAAACAGGCUGCCCAUGCCCCAAAACAGGCUGCCAGUGCCCAAAAACAAACUGCCGAGGCAGUAAAAGUUGCACCAAGGCUCACCGUUCCUAAACAAACUGCCGAGACUUCAAAGGCAUCUUCCGGGAGCAAAUCAAGUGAAAAGACUAUCAAUUUUCCGAAGAGUGGGAACAUUAGCUUUGAUGAAUUGGGGGGUGAGAUCAUUCGCAAUGUAUAUGAUAUCCAAGAGGGAGAUGUGGUCACUAGAAUCGUUUAUGAUGAUAACAAAAAGAAGAUCAUAUAUGUAAUGCAAAAGAAGGACAUCCCAUCGCAUCACCAAAUCAAGAGGCUUGGACCGGAACUACAAAAAGUGAGGGAUGACGAGGGAGGAAUCUCAUUCACGGAUGAAUGCCUUCGAAAGCUUCCGAGAGUGACACCGCAUUAUGAAUGGUAUAAAUUUAAUCAUAGCAUUUUUUAUACUUAUGUGGCUUCUUUCUUUGAUGUAACAACUAGGGAAAACAAGAAGUAUUUCAAGGAGGCAAUGAGGAGAUUUGAAGCAAUCAAAAAAAUGAAGGAAGGGGCGAAUAAGGAGGGCUGCCAAUCCUCCAACGAAUCGGUCUCGGAUGAAUUUUAAAGCAAUAGUAUGGAAUGUGAGAGGUUUGAAAAAACCCUCCAAACACUCUACUAUUUUAAAUUUAGUUAAAUUUCACCAAGCAAGCUUAUGUUGUUUUUUAGAAACCAAAAUGACAAAAAUAAAUAUUUUUAAUUUUGUCUCUAAUAAAUGGCCCGGUUGGUCUUUUGAAACAAACCAUGAUUUUAUUGAUGGGGGGCGAAUUUUAGUGUGUUGGAAUCCUAAUUUAAUAUCAUGCAAUUUGAUUGAAAUGGGGGAACAAUAUAUGCAUUUUAAAUGUCUAUGCCGCACUUCGCAAACUGUUUUCUUUGCUACCUUUGUAUACUCACUUUAUACAGUCUUGAGGCGCAAGGCAUUGUGGGAAUACUUGGCUCUUCUUGGGGAUUAAAUCAAAGACUCGUGGAUUAUAGCUGGUGAUUUUAAUUGUGUUUGUUCUCCUAGUGAGAGGGUGGGUUCGAAUGCACCCUCGGACUAUUUUUUAAGAGAUUUGAUUGAGUUUAAAAUCCGUGCUAGCCUCCAAGAUGCCCCCUUCACGGGAGAAUUCUAUACUUGGAAUAAGGGAUCUUUGUGGGCUAAGCUUGAUCGGGUUUUGCUCAAUAAUACAUGGGAUCACCUAGGGAUCAAGUGUAAGGCCCAUUUCGAUGAAAUGGAGGUUGAGUUUGAUCACACGGCUACCGUGAUAUCUAUACUCAAUAAUACCUCUCUUAGGCCCAAAUCUUUUAAAUUUUUUAACAUGUGAAUUCAACACGAUGCUUUCACUAACAUACUUAUGCAGAGUUGGAAUGCGAAUAUCAAUGGAACGGCUCAAUUUCAAAUUGCUAAGAAACUUAAGUUGCUAAAACAGCCGCUUAAGAAUCUUAACAAAUUGGAAUUUGGCCACAUCUCUAUGAAGACAAAGAGUGCAAAAGAUGAAUUCAAAAGGCUAAACAAGUUGAUGAUUGACUCACCCGAUGAUGCCGAGCUUAAAGAGCGAGUAAAGGUGGUGAGAAAGAGAGCUACUUUCCUUGGUGAGGCCGAGUGUAGCUUCUUCCAACAACGAGCUAAAGCUAAGCAUAUCGUCAAGAGGAACAUGGCUAGGAAUACCAUAACCUCCAUUACGAUGGAUGAUGGUAACCUCACUACGUCCAUUGAUCAUGUUGGAAAUGAAUUUGUAAAAUUUUUUGUUGAUCUUUUUGGCACCGAGAUGGAAACCUUUUCCAUUGACCAAACGGUACUAGGAACCAGCCCCUUGAUUGAACCAAGUGUUCAUGAUAGCCUAUUAUCUCCGAUAACUAGCAAAGAAAUUAAAGAUGCUUUGUUUGAUAUCGGGGAUGACAAGGCACCGGGGCCGGACGGUUAUUCCUCGGCAUUUUUUAAGAAAAAUUGGAAUAUUAUGGGGGAGGAUGUGAUCCGGUCGACUAAGGAGUUCUUUAACUCGGGAAGGCUGUUUAAACAGUUAAAUCAUACUAUUAUAGCACUUAUUCCUAAAA